AAGGGCGGGGGGAGCAUGGCCGCGCUGGUUCGGCUGGAGGCGAGGCUCUCGCGGCUGCGGGAGGAGUAUUUCCUCAAGAACAGAUCUGUGGAUGAAGACAGAAAAACAGUGUACAAAGCUGCUGUCAAAAUUCAGAGCUGGUUUCGAGGAUGCAGAGUCCGAGCCUAUCUGAGAUAUCUGACCAAAAUGGCGAUUUCUAUACAGAAAUGGUGGAGAGGUUAUCAAAGCAGAAGAUACUUCAGAAAAAUGAUUAAGACAGCAUAUUUUAUUAUGAAGAUGAAUUUCUACAAUGAAAUGGCUGUCAGGAUUCAGAAGAGAUGGAGAGGGUAUUAUGUCCGAAAAUAUACCCAUAAUUACUAUGCACUGAAGAAGUACCUGGGAGCCAUUUCUCUGAAUAAUGAGAUUGUCAGGAAUGAGCUCCAAGAGUAUGCAGAAAUGAAUGAAAAGGAAAAGAAGAAGAAAGACCUAGAAAGGAAAGAAAAGGAAAAGAAAUACAAAGCCCGAAAGAUGCAUUACCUCCUUAGCACUGAGCAGAUUGCAGGCAUAUACAAUUCACCAUUCAGAAAAUCCCCAGAUCCGAUGGAACUACUGCUCCGGCAGUCGAAGCCAUUGAGCCACAAGCAGCAGCGAGUGAAGAGUCCCUUCACAUAUGAUCUCUAUGACUGGCCAACUUGUAAAAGACCUCCAACUUUCCCCACAGGAGAGGCCCUGCCACCCAUUGGCAGACAGAAACCUCAGGGGCCUUUCCGUGAUACCGCUGAAGUAUUGCGGCAACGCUACAAGCCUUUGGAACCAACACUGCGAGUGGCAGCACCAAUCAGUUCACCACUAGAGAAGGCCAGAGAGGAAAUGAGAAGGGAGGAAUGGAGAAAAUGUAUACAUGACAAUGAAUUUUUGCCAUUUUCUUCAUAUCAUAAAAAUGAGAAGUAUGACCUGUCAAUUCAUGCAUCAGAAAAAAUUGGCAAAGAAACUUACGGAAUUAAGCAUUUCCGAGAAGUACAGCCUAAAAAGUGGAUAGCAGGCAAGGACUUUCAAACUGUGUUACCAUCGAUUGUUCUCUUCGAGAAGUUUGGAAAAACUUACUCAAAAGCUGGACAAAUAGUGUAAUCAUUCUGUAAACUAUGCAAUAUAUACCCGUUUCAUCA